GAAAGAUGAGUGGCAUCUAUCUGAGCACCAAAGAGUUAUGGCGAGGGGUCUCCUCAUCCAGACCACCAGGACCCCCAUUUCCACGAAGAUGGCCCAGAUGUCUCAGGUGCAGGAACUCUUCCAUGAGGCAGCCCAGCAGGAGGCGCUGGCCCAGCCCCAGCCCUGGUGGAAGACCCAGCUGUUUGUAUGGGAGCCAGUGCUGUUUGGGACCUGGGAUGGUGUGUUCACGUCCUGCAUGAUCAACAUUUUUGGAGUUGUCCUUUUCUUGAGGACUGGCUGGCUGGUGGGAAACACAGGCGUGCUCAUGGGCAUGUUUCUGGUGUCCUUCGUCAUCCUGGUGGCCCUCGUCACCGUGCUGUCUGGCAUCGGUGUGGGGGAGCACUGUGGCAUUGGCAGUGGUGGCGUCUACUCCAUGAUCUCCUCGGUCCUGGGUGGGCAGACCGGAGGCACGAUUGGGCUGCUGUAUGUGUUUGGACAGUGUGUUGCAGGUGCCAUGUACAUCACUGGCUUCGCUGAGUCCAUCUCCGAUUUGCUGAGCCUCAGGAAUAUCUGGGCCGUGCGAGGGAUUUCAGUCGCGGUGCUUGUGGCCUUGCUGGGGAUUAACCUAGCGGGCGUCAAGUGGAUCAUCCGGCUCCAGCUGCUGCUACUGCUCUUGCUGGCCGUGUCCACACUGGACUUCGUGCUGGGCUCUUUCACACACCUGGACCCAGGAUCCAUGUACUACCUAACCUUCAAGCUCACACUGCUGCUAGCCAUUGGGGCUGCUGUGCUACUGACUGAAUUGUGA